AUGGUACGAAAAAAAGUCACCUAUCGCAAUGAAGUUUAUGCUACAGAAAUGGAGUUUCCGGUGGAGCGACAAGAUUUAAUGGUUGUCACGCUUACCUCAGAAGAUAAAGCCUUGAAUCUUGGCGUUCACUGGGGUACGGGACAUCGUCGUCUUGAUGCUGAAGUUUACGCACCCUAUUGGUUUGUCAACAAUACAGGACGAGUAAUGAAAUAUGUGGUAAGAAAAUAA